CACGGGUUCGGGCGGUAGGCACAGGCUCGGGCGGCGGCGCGAUGUUCGUGCAGGAGGAGAAGAUCUUCGCUGGCAAGGUGCUUCGACUGCACAUCUGCGCAGCCGACGGCAGCGAGUGGCUGGAGGAGGCGACCGAGGACACGUCGGUGGAGAAGCUCAAGGAGAGUUGCCUCAAGCACGGUGCUCAUGGGAGCUUAGAAGACCCUAAGAGUGUGACCCACCAUAAGUUAAUACAUGCUGCUUCAGAGAGGGUGCUCAGUGACACCAAAACUAUCUUGGAAGAAAACAUCCAGGACCAAGAUGUCUUGUUAUUGAUAAAAAAGCGUGCUCCUUCUCCACUUCCUAAGAUGGCUGAUGUCUCAGCAGAAGAAAAGAAGAAACAAGAACAAAAGGCUCCAGACAAAGAUGCUAUCCUCCGGGCAACAGCCAACCUGCCUGCCUGUAGCACAGACCGGACUGCAGUCCAGACCACCAUGAGAGAUUUCCAGACUGAACUCCGGAAGAUCCUGGUGUCCCUCAUUGAGGUGGCACAGAAGCUGUUAGCACUGAAUCCCGAUGCAGUUGAAUUGUUUAAGAAGGCGAAUGCUAUGCUGGAUGAAGAUGAGGAUGAGCGAGUGGAUGAGACUGCCUUGCGGCAGCUUACAGAAAUGGGCUUUCCCGAGAGCAGAGCUUCAAAAGCCCUCCGACUGAACCACAUGUCAGUGCCUCAGGCCAUGGAAUGGUUAAUCGAACACUCGGAAGAUCCAGCUAUUGACACACCUCUUCCAGGCCAUGCCCCACAAGCAGGGGCAGGUGCUGCAGCUACCACCUCCACCUCCCAUGAAGCUGCUGUGGGAGCAGCUGUGGGAACUAGUGCUGGAGAUGAGGAGGCCCGGGAUGAGCUCACAGAAGUCUUCAAGAAGAUCCGCAGGAAAAGGGAAUUCCGAGCUGAUGCGCGGGCUGUCAUUUCGCUGAUGGAGAUGGGCUUUGAUGAGAAGGAAGUGAUUGAUGCACUCCGAGUGAACAACAACCAGCAGAAUGCUGCUUGUGAAUGGCUGCUAGGGGACCGGAAACCAUCCCCUGAGGAAUUGGACCAGGGCAUCGAUCCCAGUAGCCCUCUGUUUCAGGCCAUCCUGGACAACCCAGUGGUGCAACUGGGUUUGACAAACCCUAAGACAUUGCUAGACAGGGUCUGGCUAUACAGCCUCCUGAAUCAAGGCUACGUCUGUGGCUUACUGCCAUUAUCUCCUCCUGUGAGGUGUACUAUGCCAUGGGCCAGAGAUGACUGUAUCCUGCUGUCCAGUGAUCUAUUUGGUCAACAACUCAGGCACUGUGGUUGGAUUUUAAGGCAUUUGAAGACAUGCUGGAGAACCCACUUAACAGUACACAGUGGAUGAACGACCCAGAGACGGGCCCUGUCAUGCUGCAGAUCUCUAGAAUCUUCCAGACACUGAAUCGUACGUAGGUGGUGCCUACUGUGCUCCUUGGCUGUGCAACCUCAGCAGCCUCCGAGGCAGUGGGCACAGGGCCCAGCCGGGAUCUUGCCUGGAUCACAGCUGCGGUAACUCUCCUUCCCUGACCUUACUGCUUAUCACCUUCUGCCAUGUGGCUGGAAAGCUGCAGUCCUAGCUUCUGCCAGGUGUUUACAGGAAGUGGCUCUUGCACUGGGAAGGUGAACGAUUGCUGCCCCAUCCCCUCCAGAUGCUCUGCUGGGCUUCCGAAGUGCUACUUGAAUUGACCCUUAGGUAUUUGCUUGUGGAGCCCACUGUAUUUUAAAGAUGGCAUGUUCUGAUCCAAAGUGUUAUGUCAAGUGUGCUAAUUUAACCAGAGUGACUCACAGAUAACUUUAAUAAAUAAACCCUUUUCCUA